AUGGAGGCCGCAGAGGGCGGGGUUGCUAAGGCGUGCGCGGAUGAACGGGCCAAGGAGAAUUUUCCCGAGGAGCAGCGACGCCUGCUGGCGCUGGAGCUUGAGACGAUCGAUGCGUCGUGGCAGCGGAUCCUGCAGCCCGAGUUCACAAAGCAUUACUUUCUGCAAUUGAAGCGUUUCGUACUGGAGGAACAGACGCGGCACACGGUCUUUCCGCCAGCCGAGGACAUAUACCAGUGGACGCGGCUAACGCCGUUCUCGAAGGUGCGCGUCGUGAUCAUCGGCCAGGACCCGUACCACAACCACAACCAGGCGCACGGGCUUGCAUUCAGCGUGCGCGCGCCGACGCCGGCGCCACCAUCACUGCGCAACAUCUACAAGGAACUGCAGAUCAACUACACCGACUUUGUCGCCGACAACGCGCUGGGCGAUCUGACGCGCUGGGCGACACAGGGUGUGCUGCUACUCAACACGAGCCUGACGGUACGGGCGCAUUGUGCGAAUUCCCAUUCCAAGAAGGGCUGGGAGCCGUUCACCAGCCGCGUAGUGCAGCUGCUGGUUGAGGACCGGCGCCGCACGGGCCAACCGCUUGUGUUCCUACUCUGGGGCGCGCAUGCCGCGAAGCUGGUCGACCGUGUGCUAGGUGGGCGCGUGCCGGAUAACUUUCUCGUGCUGAGGUCCGUCCAUCCGUCUCCACUGUCUGCAUCACGCGGCUUCUUCGGCAACUUUCACUUCCGCAAGAUUAAUGAUUGGCUCAUGGCGCGUGGGCAACGCAUGAUUGACUGGAGCGUGGUGCCAGAUACAGAGCUGAAAGAAGUACGCGAUGCGAAUAAAGAGACUGGGGCUGCUUCUAGUACAUAG